AUGGUUCAAGUUGAUUGGAAAGAAGACGAAUUGGCCGAAGUGGAAUUUGAAAUAGUAGAUGAAACGCCAGAGCCAGAACCAGAACCUGUUCCGUCAAAACCCAAAAAGAAAAUCAAGCGCAAGCGAUCUUCGACAUAUUUGCUGCCCAAUUUGAAGUUGCUGGAAGAUCCCCCUCCGGGUGAUGGGAUUACAGACCGAGAAACCCUUUUUAAGGGGGCGCAGGUGCUGGAGCAAAGUCUGAGCAAUUUUAGCGUUGAGGGCAAAGUGGUGCAGGUCAAUCCCGGGCCUGUUAUUACAACGUACGAGGUUGCACCUCCCCCAGGCGUAAAAGUCAGCAAAAUUGUCGGUCUUGCAGAUGAUCUCGCCCUCGUGAUGAAAGCGCAAAGCAUUCGCAUUCAGGCUCCUAUUCCCGGCAAGGCUGCAGUUGGCAUUGAAGUCCCCAAUCUAGCACCUUAUACGGUUUACUUAAAAGAAAUUUUGGAAUCGCGCACGUUUGAUCAAUCCGAUUCAAAAUUGAUGCUCGCGCUCGGCAAAACAGCUUCGGGCGACCCCUAUUGUGCCGAUCUGGCAAAAAUGCCGCAUUUGUUAAUUGCCGGCGCGACCGGGGCUGGCAAGUCGGGGUGUAUCAAUGCGUUGAUUUCCAGUAUCUUGUUCCGCUGCACACCAGAAGAAGUGCGUUUUAUUAUGGUGGAUCCCAAAAUGCUGGAAUUGUCAAUUUACAACGAUAUUCCACAUCUCUUGGCUCCCGUUGUCGUCGAUCCCAAAAUGGCUUCGGGUGCGCUCAAAUGGGCGGUGUCAGAGAUGGAGAACCGAUAUCGCACGAUGGCGCAGUUUACAGCGCGCAAUAUUAUUGAUUUUAAUGCCAAGAUGGCGCGGCUGCAUCGGGAAGCACCCACCGAGGAAGACCAGGACGAGAUUCCCGAUGCCUUGCCCUAUAUUGUCGUGGUGAUUGAUGAGUUGGCCGAUUUGAUGCUGACUGCACCGAGCGAUAUUGAAAACUCACUGGCGCGAUUGGCACAAAUGGCCCGCGCUGUGGGCAUCCAUCUCAUUAUCGCAACCCAGCGCCCUUCGGUGAAUGUGAUUACGGGUACGAUCAAAGCCAAUUUCCCAACGCGCAUUGCAUUUCGUGUGGCAUCCAAGGUCGAUUCGCGCACAAUAAUUGACGCCAAUGGCGGUGAAAAACUCCUGGGUCGGGGCGAUAUGCUGUUUUUGCCUCCUGGACAACCAGAACCCAUUCGCCUUCACGGUGCGUGGAUCGAUACCGAAGAAACCGAACAAGUGGUGGCCUGGGUGCGCGAUCAGGGUGUCGAACUCGAAGGGGUUGAAUUUGAGGGCGAAAAUAGCGAUCUUCCUGUUGUCGAUAACGCGCGCGAUGCUCGGUUUGAUGAAGCAUUGCGAUUGGUGGUUAUCCAUCAGCAGGGUUCGGCAUCACUCUUGCAGCGCCGAAUGAAGGUGGGAUACUCGCGGGCCGCUCGCCUUGUUGACGAACUCGAAGCCGCCGGUAUUGUUGGCCCAUCCAAUGGAUCGAGCAAAGGGCGCGAAGUCCUCGUUGGCGAAGAUUAUUUAGAAGAACUCGAGGAGUUGGAUGUAUGA